GCUCUGAAUGAGGAGUCGAUUCCCCUUGAUGGAAUCGAUUCCAACCUUUGGAAUCGACUCUCGAUUCCCAACGCCUCGGAAUCGAGGAAUCGAUUCUUUUUGGAAUCGAUUCCCAGCCCUACUAUAACCGCCCAUCAGGGUUUCAGCAGAUGUAACACGUGGGGAACAACCUCAAAGUUUGAAUUUCCUGACGCAUGCUGCGUGUGUUGUUGCGCUUUCCAGAACAUUUUCCUGCAAGGACGCUCUAACGCAAGGAUAUUUUCUCGAGACCGAGAGAUCCAGACUGCCGAAAGAUGCACCGGACCGCUCUUUUAAGGUGUCUGCUCAGCGUAUCACUGAUGAAUCAAGUGAGUGGUUUGGAAACUCUCACCAGCAAGUAUGGAGACCCCAUUGAAAUCCCAUGCAACAAAGGGCAAUUCAAGGAAUCAGAUGUCACAUUAGUUAAAUGGAAAUAUGACAAAGAUGGCAACAUACUGGUGAAACAACUGGAUCAGAAUGCCACUAUUUCAACUGAUGUCAAUUACAAGAACAGAGUCAGCAUUAAAAAAGAUUUCAGCCUCAUCAUCACACAAGUGACCAUGGCCGAUCAGAGAACCUUCACCUGCAUGGUGGUGUGGAAAGAAGACAUUUUAGAGUACCCUGUUCAACUGACCAUUUACAAGGUUCCAUCGCGACUUCAGAUUACAAACCUAACGACUGCAAUGGCAAUCGGCAAACCGACUAUGUUAGCGCAGUGUCGUACUGAAGGUGCCAGUCCAGCUGCCAACAUCACAUGGUUCAAGAAUAAAACUCCACUUAUGACUGAUGGAGCAGCCGUUAAAAUCAACACAAAUGUGGAUGUUGAUGAGACAAGACUAUCCACGACAACUUCAACCCUUGAGUAUACAGCAGUGAAGGGAGACAUUGAUACCAAGUUCACCUGUCAGGUUCAACACAUCUGGUCUGCUAACAUGGAUUCCUCGCCUCUUGUCUUCACUGUGAACUAUGCUACUGAGAAGGUCAAUCUCCAAGUUGUGUCCCAGGGUCCUUUUAAGGAAGGGGACAAUGUGACCCUCAAAUGCACAGCAGACGGAAACCCUCCACCCUCUAGCUACAGCUUCUACAUCGACGGAGAGAAAAAGACUGUGGACUCCAACAUAUACACCUUGACCAAUGUCACCCGGGAGAACACUGGAGAUUACAAAUGUUCACUAGUGGACAACGAGGAUAUUGCGGCUUCUGUACCCAUCACAGUUGAAUAUCUUGAUGUGGUCCUUAGCACCACUGGUAAAAUUGUUAAGAAACUCGGUGAGAGCUUAGAGGUGACUGUAGAUGUUAAAGCUUCAGGAGCGGCACAAACUUCUUGGAAGAAGGGCAAUGCCAAGCUGAAUAGCCUUCCCAAGUUUGACAAGUUGACAUACUCCGACUCUGGCAUGUACGAGUGUGUUGUUUCCAUGGCUGGCCUCAAGGAAACGCGAACAUUUGAAUUAGUAGUUGAAGGUCCUCCAGUCAUUAAGAACCUGAUCAAGGAGCGUGGUGAGGGCAUGACCAAGGUCCUGAAAUGUGUGGCUGAAGGCUCUCCAAAACCCACAGUACAGUGGAGUGUCAAUGGCACAAGUGCUGAGAGUGCUUAUGAGCAUGGCAAAGUCACAUACAGCAUCAUUAUCGAUCCAAAGGGCAAUCUCACUGUGUCCUGCACAGCCUCCAAUGUCUUGGGCUCUGACAUUAAGAGCAUUAAUGUGUCAGCACUUGUUUAGGACGUGACGAUGGA